CAUCAGUAUUAACUCCUCCAACUCCCUAUCAGGUAACUCUAUCAGCGACUCGCUCAACUCUUCAACAAGCUCCUGCUCCAGCAGAUCCCUUGACUCAACAACAAGCUUCUACUCUAGUAGUAUCAACUGCGACUCCUUCAACUACACAAGUCCUUGUUUCAAUAACAACUUUCCCACUUACUUCCCAACAAGUUCCUGCACCAGUAGAGGUUUUCUCUUUAACUCUUCAACAAGUCCAACAAGUCCCUGCUCCAGCAGCACAAGAAAUAAUUCCUGCAACGACUUCUCUUUUAGAUUUCCAACAAAAUCAAUUUGACUUUAUUCAAGGGAACACGGUUCGCUUUAAUUCUACUCAAACGUUGGAAGCACCUAACUUUGCAGAGAUACUGUUUAAUGGGAAUGAUAUAUAA